AUGUGCAAAACAAAGUUGUUCAUCGCUGAUAACCGCGCAACCUGAUGAACCGCAGGUCACUCCACUCAAGUCUCUCACAGCUGAUGCGCUCGUCCGUCUCGUCCCCGAACAACCGCUCACCCCAAAAGACAGCGAGCUCCCCGGACUCCAUCCAGUGAUGUCUCUCCUCCUCAUCACGGUGCUGUCUUCACUUCUCGUGCAAGAUGCUGAGGCGUGGGGCGCCAAUGUCAAGUACGCCGUGAACUGCCCGGACAGAUGCAGCGCGGAGCUGUGCGGCGGGACGCAGCAGCGGUGCGCACGGACGGUGCUGGAUGACUGCGGCUGUUGCCAGGUGUGUGCGGCCGGCAGAGGGGAGCACUGUUACCGCACCGUGUCGGGGAUGCACGGGGUGAAGUGCGGACCGGGAUUAUUCUGCGAGUUCUACAAAGACGAGGACGAUUAUGGAGACGAAUACGGGGUCUGCAAAGACUGUCUCUAUGGGACCUAUGGGGUUGAGUGCCGCAAGACAUGCAACUGCAAAGGAGGCAUCUGUGACAGGGAGACAGGAGCUUGUCUCACCCUCAAAUUCUUUGCCAAAAUUGCCAGCGUGCUUAAAACUGAGCCACAAGCAGGAGGAGAGUUGGGCUCAGGAGAGGUCACUGCAUCCCAGAACAGAGACCAGCACACGGACAGAUCCACCGCCCCAAAGAAGCUCAACCCUCGCUGACCAGUGCUGACCAGACUGAAUCUCUUCAGUGUAAAUGUAGCAUUAACUUAUAAAUGAUGUGAAAUAUAUAUUUUAUUAUGUUAAAUGACAAAA